UGGUUUGCCUAUAUAAGGAAGACGAUGGCCUUGACAUUGAGACAUCGAGCUUUGGUUUGCGUCUCUUGUGGAAGGGAGUGAGCCAUGGCUGCCUCCAACAAACGUAGUUUGCAUGUUGUGCUUCUUCUUCUGCUUCUUGGCGUUGUCGGUGAGCUGAGUUCGACUGUUGUUGCUGAUUUCGUUGGUCCUGCGGGGUUCGGACGUGGCUGCCGCUUCGGUGGGUGUCGUGGUGGUGGACUAGGCGGCGGCGGUGGGUUCGGCGGAGGAGGAGGUGGCGGCGAGGGUCAUGGUGGAGGAUUUGGAGCCGGAGGUGGUGCUGGUGGCGGCGCUGGUGGUGGUGUUGGAGGUGGUGGAGGAUUCGGGGGUGGAGGUGGCGGGGGUGUAGGCGGUGGAAGUGGAUCCGGGGGAGGGUUUGGAGCCGGCGGAGGCGUAGGAGGUGGUUCUGCAGGAGGUGUCGGAGGUGGUGGAGGAUUUGGCGGAGGUGGAGGCGGCGGUGGCGGUCUUGGAGGUGGAAGUGGUCAUGGUGGAGGGUUCGGGGCUGGUGGUGGUGUAGGCGGCGGUUCCGCUGGUGGAGUUGGAGGCGGUGGAGGUUUCGGUGGUGGCGGCGGAGGCGGAGGCGGCAUUGGUGGUGGAAGCGGUCACGGAGGAGGGUUCGGCGCAGGAGGCGGAGUCGGCAGCGGUGGUGCAGGUGGCGUGGGAGGAGGCGGAGGCUUCGGCGGUGGAGGUGGAGAAGGCGGUGGCGGUCUUGGAGGUGGAAGCGGUCAUGGUGGCGGGUUCGGGGCUGGUGGUGGUGUAGGCGGCGGUUCCGCUGGUGGAGUUGGAGGCGGUGGAGGUUUCGGUGGUGGCGGCGGGGGCGGCACUGGUGGUGGAAGCGGUCAUGGCGGUGGGUUCGGCGCAGGAGGCGGAGUCGGCAGCGGUGGUGCAGGUGGCGUGGGAGGAGGCGGAGGCUUCGGCGGUGGAGGUGGAGGUGGUGGUGGACUCGGCGGUGGGUCUGGCCAUGGAGGAGGGUUCGGAGCCGGUGGUGGCGUAGGCGGCGGCGCAGCUGGUGGAGGAGGCCUUGGAGGUGGCGGAGGCGGUGGUGGAGGCCUUGGGGGAGGGCACGGGGCUGGUGGCGGUUUUGGGAUAGGUGUGGGAGUGGGAGUUGGCAUUGGAGUCGGCGGCGGAGCUGGAAGUGGCACUGGCGGCGGCGAAUCCAGGACUCCACCACCACCCGAGGCGAAGUUGACACCGCCGAGGAACUCAUCGGUGCUGUUAGAGCUCGAGGGUAUAGAAAGCCGGAGAGCAAGACUUGGAAGAGUGACACCCCUUGUCGCGUUUAAUGCCACUUUCCCCACUGCAAAGACGUACGUACACCUCUCCCGAGUCCUUAAAGCCACACCACCGCCCCCUCCACGACUCAUUCAAUCCCCCCAACAGAGUAUGGUUCCCACUUGUUCCUCUGCACUGGCGUCCAUCGCCGUGCUUCUUUGCUACUGGUACGGCCGCUGCUGUCAAGGAGAGGCCGCGGUCUCGGCGGUGUAUGUCUUCGGCGACUCCCUCGCCGACGUCGGCAACAACAACCACUUGGAGCUGUCCCUUCUGAAGGCCGACUUCCCGCACAACGGCGUCGACUUCCCCGGCCACAAGGCCACCGGGCGGUUCAGCAACGGCAAGAACUCCGCCGAUUUCCUCGCUGAGAGUCUGGGAUUGCCGACCUCUCCUCCGUACCUUGAUAUCACUUCAAGCUCUAACAACACCGAUGUGUUCCUCGGCGGUGUCAACUUCGCCUCGGGUGGUGGUGGAGUCCUGGAUUCUACCAACAAAGACCAAUGCAUCUCAUUCAACAAGCAAAUCGACUACUAUUCCUCAGUAUACACGGCCUUAGUUCAGCAGCUAGGCAGUGCCCAAGCACAUGCUCAUCUCUCCACCUCCAUCUUUGCCUUUGUCAUCGGAAGCAACGACAUACUCAACUACGUCAAGUCCGGCUCCGCCAACAAGCUCAAGAACCCUCCACAGCAGUUCGUUGAUUCGCUGAUCUCAUCGCUGCGAGGACAACUAAAGAGGAUGUACAAUCUCGGUGCACGCAAGUUUGUGUUCAUCGGCACGGGACCGAUCGGUUGCUGCCCAGCACAAAGGCAUCAGAACAAGACCAAGGAGUGCAGUGUGGAAGCCAAUUACCUCUCGGUUCAGUACAACAAGGGUGCUUCUUCCCUGCUGCAGGAAAUGUCAGCAGAACUCAGCGAUAUGAGCUACUCCUUUUUCGACACCAACACCGCACUGCUCGAGUCCAUCAACAAUCCAGAUGCUCAUGGAUUUGUCGAAGUGAAGGCUGCCUGCUGUGGGCUGGGUGAUCUGAAUGCUAAGAUCGCUUGCCUUCCAAUCUCAAGCUACUGCUCCAACAGGAACGACCAUAUCUUCUGGGAUUUUUACCACCCAACAGAGGCCACUGCUGAGAUGCUAACAAGCACUGCUUUUGAUGGAUCGGUGCCCUAUGUGUAUCCUAUGAACAUAAGACAGCUUGUCGCCAUCUGAGCUUAAGGGUUUGUUUCCUAGCGUUUAGACUGUGGAGCCUCAAGUACAUGGAGGCAAUGUACGAAGAGCAAACUUACAGUAUACUUCCUUCUUUGAAUACCUCCUCCUAUAUGUA